CGGGAAUGACCUUGGGGCCGACCAAAAUGAUCGACGACCAAUGGUCUAGCGGUGACGAUGGGCCGAGAAGUACCAUCCUCUUUCUAUAAUGAGAUGGUAAUAGUCUGGGGAAAGGCCACAUCCUAAUGGACAGCUCCACAGCCGUUGCAAUGAACCUGGAUCAUCCCGAGGUUUUAAUCCUGGCGUUCGUCAGGCUGUGUUGGCACCAGACUCCGCCUCAAAGUGGACUCGCCCCAGGCUGCAACCCCCUUGAUGAUCGACAACCCCGUAAGAUGAGGGCGCCCCCAGAUUAUUGCUGACAUUGUGACAUUGAGAUUCACUCGGAAACUGCUCAUUGUCAAUCUUGUCACGAACUGAAUAUAUAAAUAGGAAUGAGGCGCAUGGCUGAUUCUGUGGAGAAUUGUGGAGCGAGAGCAACGCGUUGGGUGGAGACUGGGAACACUCGACAUACUGCGUACGAGGCCACCCACUCUGUUCAAGCUAGGCAGCCUGAUUGUGGAUUAUUGAUGACCAUUGAAGUUUCUCCGUUUUUCUGGCAAUAUUCUCUUCGAGGAAUCAUCGUCUGUUAAUUUUCGCGAUCUUGUCGCCAUGAUCAUUUCCGCGGUGUUUGCGAGUGCGCUCUCACUGGUGAUCGCAGUCCAGGCACAACCUCGCAGUGUCACUAACACCCCAGUGGACGGAUGCUGGGCACUUCCGAGGUGGAACAAUGAGACGAAGAUUGCUGGUCCUUGGUCAUUUCAGCUCUGGGGGUGUCGGAAUGGGACGGCCUCCAAUGGCGCAUGCGGUAUCGAGGGCUAUGGAGCUACCUGCGACGCGAAGCGGGCAGAGGAUGGAAGAGGGUUUGACCAUGGGAUUAUUACCAUCAGCGACAAUGCACAAAAUGCGAAGACGAUAUUUCGGUGCAACGGCGCAUUGCAUACCUUCGAAGCUUAUGUCCCGUCCGGCGCUGGCGCAUUAGACUGGCAUGCAAUCGGAAUUCGUCGAGAUCCCAGAACGGACGAGAUGGAAUGGGGACUAAGAUCCAAGGAAAGCGAGUCGAUCGAGGUAUAUCAGCAAUACAGCCUCGGCGAACCGGUCGAUGGCUUCCUGCUGGGAUCUCAGGGUCAAACCGACUGGGUCGUCCGGUAUUCUGGCUCGGACGUGAGCAACUUGGAGCAUCGGUCCUUCUGGUCCCUUCGGCUGGUAGGAUCGAAGACGAAGCGACGGGCUGGCGAGUAUGAAACCAAACUUCGCAUCGAUAGUGUUUGAGCCGGAUAAUUUUGCCAACGGUCGAAGGGAUGACAUGCAUCAUGACACCGCAUCAGCAGUCGAAUAUGCCGGGGGCAUAUGCAUCGUGUUUUCUGGAGUCAUGAUACCCGCUGGAAAUGAAUUGAGCUCGUUCUUCGAGACUUGUAAAUAGUCUUUAUAUACAAAAUUCUUGUCCUUGCCUACAGUGUUACUGGACAGACGAAAGAUACA